UCCUGGUUUGGGCAUAAUAACUAGUUACCGUGCUCGUUACCACAAUAAUAACGUAGUUACUGUAACGUUACUUAAUAACGCGUUAGUCCCAACACUGUUUAAGAAUAAUGUUAGCUAGCAAUAACCUAAAUAUCGUUAGCUAGCAGUAGCAGCGUAGCCAUUCUGUCCAUCAAGUUUGUUUCUUUUGUACCGUUUCCUUUAAAUUCGUGAAACUAUCAAUAUUUUCUUCUAUAUCUCGUAACAGUUUACCCUCUAACAGUUUAAUAACUCAUUUUUCAUUAGACUAGCUCAACAGGUGGCUGUUUUGAUGAACAAGUAACAUUACAAAUUUUACACCCUAUGGCUGCUAACCAACAUGUACAAAUGUAUAUCUGCUAUAUUUAGCUAACGCUUUUGUUUUUAUGGUUGGUAGCUCACUACAUGAGUCAAAUAGCUGUACACAGUUUAUCCACCAGAGUGCGCUGAAAGUUACCGUAAUCUAUGCUUCAUAUACAUAUAAUCCUCUACAUACAAGUGAAGCAUAAACUUUUACAAGUUUGUCGCUUGAUUACACGAGUGGAGCAAUUUCCUGAGCAAGCUGUGUUUGAGCUGAGAGCUGAACAGAGGCGUCUUCCUCCUUCCUCAUGCACACACCAGAGACGCGUGUUCUCUGUGGGUUUUGAACCUUUUUUUUAAAGACCAUACAGAUUAAAUGUGGAUGUCCUUGGAUGUUUAAAUGAAAAUCAUUUUUACUGUUAAGAUGGAUGUUUGGAUUCUUAAAGGGCACUUCUGUACCUGGACAGUGAUGAGUCUCCUGAUUGGUGUGUUUUCUUAUGGAGUGACAGUUAGAGACUUUCAGCUGGAGAUCUGCAAAGAAAACACGCGGGUGUGUGUCGCCAGCCCUGCAGACUGUGACCCUCGCCCACCCUCGUCCACACAGAAUACUCUGAACAUGUCGUGUUACUACCAAGAGUCUCCAGACAGACAAAUAUCCAUGACAUGCGAGUGGAGUCUAGACUCAAACAGCGACACUGAGACUACCGCCUCCCUGAUUUUCAGCAGGGACCAUGACAUUAUAUCCUGUCAGGGCAUCUUCAACUCAGCAUCCUUUGUCAAUGUGACAGCAAGGAUUAAAAACCACAUGACAGAGAUCUGGUCUGAGCCUCACAGUAUCUUUCUUUUUGAAGCAGUCAAACCCCCUACACCUGUAUUAACUGUGCUCAGCUCUACUGAGGACUCACUUGUUGUGUCUUGGGCAAGCACCAGUGAUGGCACAUGUCAGCUUCGCUACAGACUCGACAGUGAGGACAUGUGGACCCAGGUUCCUGAUUUAUCUGCAAAUCUGACGUUGAAUUACACCAUCAAAGGCCUCCUGCCGUUUACAGUGUACAGAGCUGCUGUGGCCUGCAGGGAACAGAUCUUCUGGAGUAACUGGAGCUCUGAAAUCAGAGGAAGAACACUGGACAGAGUUCCUUCCAGGCCACCAGAGGUGUUUUACAGACUGGAGAAAAAAGGUGGAUCUCUGGAACUUCAUCUCAUUAUGUUGAAGGCUCCCGAGUCUCUUGAAACUGAAGGUCGAAUCCUUGGAUACCAGAUGAGCUAUAAAGAAGGUGGACGGAUUCAAAACACCACUGAUGUGACGCGCCUAGUGGUGGAGGAGGGGAACUGCAACAUCACAGUCAGAGCCUUCAACACAGCUGGCUACGGCCCUGCUGCCCAUCUCAGCUUCAGCACACAAAGACAGAAGACGCUGGUUAUGACAUCUCUUCCCUCUGUCAGAAACAUGUGGAUUUCCAGCUCUUACCCAGGAAAAAAAGAGCUUCUGGUCCAGUGGAAGAUCCCCAUCAACCCAGGUCACACCCUGCCUGUCAGCUAUUUCCUGAUUCAGUGGCACCCUGAGACGAGUCCAUCCACCAGCCACUGGUCUCGAGUUGACGGCUUCACCACCUCCACCGUCAUACAAGAUGUUGACCCAAAUAAGGAGUACCUGAUCAGUGUGUUUCCUGUUUACAACCAGCAGUAUGGGUCUUCUCAGUCUCUGCCGGCAAGUCUGCAGUAUGGAGCUUUGAUGGAGGUGGUCAAUUUGAGGGUCAGUGUGACUAAGACAUCAGUGACCAUUAUGUGGGAGUGGCAAAGGAAGUCUGAGCCAGUCAGAGUGAGCAGAUAUGAAGCAGUUCUGAGGAAAGACUCAGACAAACAGUCUUUACCUUUGUGGCCAAAUGACCAGCAGCACACUUUCUAUAACCUGAUGCCCAACGCUCAGUAUUCUGUUACACUGUUGGCUGAUAAUGAUUCUAAAAGCAUCGUUCAAGUGACGACAGAUUUCGAUGAUGUAAGGGUGGUGGCUACAGCAAUUCCUCUGCUGCUGGUGGCUGUCACUGUGUUAAUCCUCUCCAUCCUGUCCAGGAAUCUGUACAAGUCAUACUUCUUCCCGCUAAUCUCUAGCCCUCGACUAAGCAAAACAGGCCAGUGGCUGAUGGACCCAAACCACGAGAAAUUUGCAGAGAGGAGCAUCCUUAAUAUUGAAGACUUCCAGGUGACUGAUGUCCUCAGAGACAAAAGUCUCAUCAUAGCUGAGCGAACCUCUCAGCUCUUACCAGAUGAUGACCAGCGUGAGGAUACCUCUCUGCUGUUGAUUGGCUGCCUCACUCUAGACUCUGAGUAUGUUUCUUAUAGUGCACAACCCACAGAGAACCAGUCCCCUCCUCCUAUCAAGGUUUUCAUAUCAGAGGAAAAGCAAGAGGCUGCCGGCGCUCCGCUGCACGAAACUAAGCUCUGGCUUCCUCAGAGCGACAAGGACAGAAAUCAGGCUGACAUCUCCGAGAUAUCACAUCAGACCGAGGCUGCUGUGAAAAGUUACUUUCCUGGUUUGUCGACUGAAAGUCAGCCUGUUUAUCCGAUGACCUGUGAGACAGAGAACGUGUUGAAUUGGGGCAGGCAGAGUGACUGCUCUUAUCUGAUCUGUGAUGCAGGUUACAUUUCUAACAGUGGCACAGGGGUGAAAACACAUUGAGACAGACUCAGCAACGAAUGAGCUCGAUAAGAUGUGGCCGAAAGGUUUAUUACAGCAAGGAAAGCAGUUGCCUGUCUUGUGGGGCAGACACAGGGAAAUAAUUCAUUGGGUCUGCAUUUUUGUUUUUUUGGUAUUUUUGUAUAAAAAAAUAUAGAAAGUUCCACAGCAACAUAAGUAAGGAGUGCCUCCUUUUAUCCUAAGAUCAUUGUUACUCCAUGUUUGUCAGGCUCAUGUUGGUCAAAUUGGUCAAAUACUUAACUGAAGUACAUGUUCUUCUCUCUACUUCUGCUUCACUAUGUUUUGAUUAUGAACAUUAUACUUUUACUUUGUACCACUUAUUUUAAGGGUUACUAAUUAUUUUGCAAAUUUGAAAAUGUUAAUCUACUAUUGCAUUAUGCUGCACUAAUAUAGAUAAAGCAACCCAGCAGUGUACAGUACAAGUAAUUCAAAUCAUUAACAGACACUUAUACGCUAUGUUCAAAAAUAUCCUAUAUUGUGCAGAAGAGAUAUAACUUGGACUUUUCACCAUUUCAGACCACAAAAUGUUGCAGGACGGCAGUGGAACUUUUAUUUAACCAGACAAGUCAUUAGAAAGACCUUAUAUGCAAUGACAGACAAGACACAGACAAAGUAAUGCUCCAUUGGAGUCUUAUUAUGAAAUAUCAUUAUAGGGCUCCAUGUGAGACUGAAAAUAGUGCCCAGUUUUUUCUUUUAGCCCCUCUUCAGCUACAACCAAGUCUUCUAGAAAGAUACUGAGGCAUCGUCAGUGCCACCAGGUGGCAUCUUAGUCAGAUACUGAACCACUUCUACUGGCUGCUUUUACUGUGAGCUGGAUGGUCUUGCUGGUUAAUGAAGCCAGCAAGACCAUAUAAUCUGCAAAACGCAGAGUCUAGAUCCAAAUUUGACACCUUCCACUCCUUGUAGACAUCUAGAAAUUCUCUUCAUGAAUGUUAUUAAAUCAAUUGUUGAAAAGGGACGCCCCGGUGGACUCCAAACUGCAAUAUAUUUCUCAUAAAGCAAACCAUUCUCUCUAUGAAUGUACAAGGGACAGAUGGCUCAUAAUCACAGGAGCAUUGAAGAGAAUCAGACAAAAUCACUGUCUGUUUUAGAAGCAACCUUGUUUUCUGAAUUAACUUUGGGAAUAUAUAAAAUGUAUCUGUUGAGGGUAACCCAGUCAUUGGGGUAACCUUUAUAUAUUUAGGGAUAGGCUUCAGACUUCUUGCAAUCCAGAAUGCUAAGAUUCUCAUUGGAAGUGAGCAGAAAGGUCAGGAUUAGAAAUGAGCUGUCACUCAAGGUUGAGAUGGUUGGGACAAGCGUAGAA